UCCCCUCCGCCCCCUCCGACAAGAUGGAGGCUAGGCUCGUCCGUCUCCAGGAAGCGGCGCUGUGAGGUGGAAAAGGAAAAGAGCCGUUAAUCCGCUUGCCCAGCUGAAGCACACGGCCCAUGUCGCGGCCCAGAGGUUCCUAGGAUUAGGACAUGGACAUCUUUGCUGGCUACAAAGAUUUCCCGCUGACCACACCUUCCUGCUCAGGGCUCUGAGAGGUGGCUCUCACCAGCCUUCAGCAGAUGUAUCACUAAGGAGCAGGCAGAGACAGGUGUGGUCGGAGAGGGCAAGAGGCUGCCAUUGUGGGGACGGCGGUAGCUGCGUGGAUGGGCAGGAGGUAGGAAGCUCAUUGAGGUGCAUGGCUCGGGUAGGUGGAAUGAAGACAGCCACCCCACCGGCAGCCCCCGACCUGCAGGUGUCGGGGAUGGCUCCCCUCAGCAGGAUCGGCAUCCGCCGCAGCACCAAGCGAGACCGGAAGUCCAUCACCCUGCAUGUGAAGCUGGAGGUGCUGCGGAGGUUUGAGGAGGGUGAGAAGCUGACGCAGAUCGCCAGGGCACUGGGGCUGGCCACCUCCACUGUGGCCUCCAUCCGCGUCAACAAGGAGAAGAUCCAGGCCAAUUCACAGGCGGCCACGCCAAUCAGUGCCACUCAGGUGACACGCUGCCGGAGUGUGGUGAUGGGCCACAUGGAGCGCCUGCUAAGUCUGUGGAUUGAGGAGCAGAAGCGACAGAACCUACCUGUCACCACGCUGCUCAUCCAGGACAAGGCACGCCAGCUGUUUGCGGAGCUGCAGCGUGAGCAGGGUGAGGGUGCCCAGGCUGAGACCUUUGGGGCCAGCAAUGGCUGGUUUGCCCGCUUCAAGGCACGCCACAACGUGCUACUGACGGAUGAACCUGCUGUGGCUGAUGCCCAGGCUGCUGCCCGCUACCCUGCAGUGCUGCGUGGCAUCCUGGAGGAGGGCCAUUACUUGCCGCAGCAGGUCUUCAAUGUAGACGAGACAGGCCUGUUCUGGAAGCGGCUGCCUGAACGCACACUAUUGGCAUUGGAGGGGGCAGCCGGGCCAGGGCCCAAGGCAUCCAAGGACCACCUGACCCUGCUCCUUGGUGGCAAUGCAGCUGGCGACUUCAAGCUGAAGCCCCUGUUGGUGUACCCCUCAGAGAACCCACGCGCCCUCAAGGGCUGCUCUAAGGCCAGUCUGCCGGUCAUCUGGCGCUCCAACCGUAAUGACUGGCUGACGCCUAGCAUCUUCCAGGAGUGGUUUACUGGCUGCUUCUGCCCGGCCGUUGAGAAUUACUGUGCCCAGAACGGGCUCCCGCACCGUGCCUUACUGCUCCUGGACGUUGCACCCUGCCACCCCGCCCACCUGGAUGGUCUCUCAGCCCAUGUGCGUGUUGAGUUCCUGCCUAAGAACACCUCAACCCUGAUCCAGCCCAUGAACCAGGGUGUCAUUGCUGCCUUCAAGGCGCAUUAUCUGCGUCGCACACUCAGCCAGCUGGUGCAGGAGACAGCUGGUGAGGACCGACCCUCUGUGCAGGAGUUCUGGCGCAGCUAUACUGUCAUGACCGCUGUGGACAAUAUUGCUGAGGCCUGGGCAGAGCUGCAGCCUACCACUCUGAAUGGUGCCUGGAGGAAGCUGUGGCCUGAGUGUGUGCCUGACGGCAUCCCUGAGCCCGAUGCUGUGCCCCAGCUCCGCUGCAGCAUUGUGGCACUAGCCAGCCACGUGGGCCUUGGGGACCUGGCUGAGGCUGAUGUUGCCUGCCUGCUGCAAGCCCACGGGGAGCCCCUGCACCACAGCGGCCCCCAGUAUGCAGAGGACGGGGAUACUGGCUACUCUGGGCCACACUGGGAAGAAGGAAAAGGCUUGGCCUCCAAGAGACCAGAGCAGGAGCUCCCGGAGGCCAGGGAGGGUGCAGGGGCUGAGGAGGCUGGCUUGGGCAGGCUGAGCCCCGAGCACCUGGCCCAGGCUCUCUCCCACUUUGCCACUGGUCUGCGGGUCCUCGUAGACAAUGACCCCAACCGGGAGCGCAGCCUACGGGUGUCUCGGGGUGUCCACAGCGCACUUGCCUGUCUCCGGGAGCUGCAUCGAGACAGAAGGCGGCAGGCUCGGGUGGCUCUGGCAGCAAAGGAGUCGACUGGAGGACUCUCCUCACCUCAGGGGGGCCCCACGGAGGACACGCAGGUGGCUGAGGCCACAGACCCAGGAGGAUAUGCUGUGGCUGCCCUGCAAGUCCUUCCUGUGGAUUCUGGGUUUGGGUCUGACCUCAGAUGAGCUCUGUCCAGUGAUAAUUGUGUUUCUGGAGGGCAGAUGCUGCCUCUUUACCACCCACAUUUCUCGCAGCUUAUGCCUUGUGGCCUUUCUACAGCUGUUCACACAUGGUGCUGCUGGCUUGGGGGAACAGGAAAAUGGUCCUUCUUGAUUGGUUGGUAAGCUGUGGGGCCCCUGGAGUGCACAGUGACAGAGAUGCACCCCUACAGGUGAAGCAGUUGCCCUCCUGGUGGCGCUGAAGGGCCAAGGCUGAGAGACUAGCCUCUUGGUUUUUCCCAAUAUCCCAUUCUCUACUCUGUUGUGGUCUUUUCCAGCCAGUGUUCAGAGGAGAGUUCCUGCACUCAGCAUCUCCCUGCUCACCUCCCACGCUGUCUUCACCCCAUUUUGUUCUCUUGUUUGGUCAAGGUGUCUGGUGCCCUUCUUGUGCCUGAAUCUGUGGGCACAUGUUAGCCCUUGUCCUUACCCCACUGUGGCCUUUGAUACCAGGUACUGCUUCCAUGGUUUGGAGAUGUAUUCUUCCCCAGGCUUCUGUGACGAAGCUAGUAGCUUGGUUUCUCUCCAUUCUCUGCUGCUGAGCCUUCUACAGCUCUGAGGAUCUCGCUGGGUCUGGUGCUCUGGGAAAUCUCAUCCACUUCUGAGGGCUCAGUGUCCACCUCAGGGUUGGUUUCCAGCUCACUGGCUGCAGCCUAGCCUCUCUCAGCUCUAGACCCACAGCUCUAUCUCCAAUGGACAGAUCCCCCCACUCCCCUGAUAGCCUUGUCAUCUCCUCUCAUUCCAGCUUGGUCUCCUGCCACUCAAACUGUAACAACAGGGGUGCCCAUCCAACCCUACAGACACACCAUGCUGACCACCAAAACACAGAUCUUCAGCAAGGGAAGAUGUUUGCUCUGUGAGCAACAGGUGGUGGGAAAAAGAUAUCAGGCCUCAUGAGCACCUUUCAGCAUGGGCACCUGUGCAUGCAUGUGUCUGUGAGCCAAGAAAUAAAGAUGGGAGAAUGGAUUUCUGCCACCUCUGUCUUGGCUAAUGAUUGAGUGUAUUGAUGGGGCCUGCUGGCAAGAUGUUACAGUGGUUGGGGGCCCAGCCUUGCUGGAGGUCAGAUGAGGCCCCUUGCAUGCCUCCCCUGGAGGAGUGAAGUGAAGAGUGGAAGAAGUGAUGGAGCUUUUUGCUGGAUCCUGAUGACUGGGUUAAUGCAUUGUACGAAUCAUGAGCACUCCUAAUGUGCUAGGUAUUGGGGAGAGCAGUGUUGGCGAGAGUGGCUUCAGGAGCUGCCAGCCGAAAGGUCAUGAUUUGUGUGAUGGGGUACUUAUGAGGGACCCAGUACAAUCGGGGCAGAGGACAAGACCCAUGGGGAAGACUUUCUCGGGAAGUGACAUCCUAGGCUUUGUGGACAUUGCUGACAAGCUGCCAGAAAACCAGUCAUUUCAGAAUGCCACGUGUCAGAGAGGGGCUUGUCAGA